AUGAAUACAAGUAAGGAAUCCAGUAAAACUAAAAAGAGGGUUAGUAGAAGCUUUUGUAUUAAAAAUUUUACUAAGAAGAGCAUCACACUUUUUAGACUCCAUUCUAGUUCUGACACAAGUUCUGAAGAAUGUGAUGAUGCCAUUAAUUCAGUUGAAUGUAUGUCACUUAUAACGUCAAUACCAUCAAUAACCCUUGAGUCUAGAAGCUUUUUUAAACCUCUUGAAAAAAGCUCAUCUGAAAUACUCAAGUUAUCAUCUAAACCACAACAAAGAAGAAGUAUAAAUGAUCAAUAUUUGUCUAGUUAUCUUUCUCCAAAUGUGCAUAAUGAAAAACCAAUUUAUCGAUUGGUUGAACGUAUCGGAUUUAUUAGAAGAAAUAUUGGAAUUAAAACAGAAAAGAUAAUAUUUGAUUCAAAUCAAGAUGGACUAGAUAAUAGGAUAUUAAGUUCUAAAGUUUUUGGAAAAGAAAGUAUUUUGUUUAUAUGUAUUGCAGAUGGAAUUAGGUUUGGAUGUUUUCAUAAAGACAUAAUUGCUCCAUUUAACAAAUGUUCAAGUAACGAAUUUUAUUCAAAGGGUUCGUUUAUCUUUUUUAUUAAAGAUAAUAUUUCAGUUUAUGAAACUAUUUUGAAAAGAUUAAACAAAAAUCAACCAAAUAUUGAAUUAUAUUAUUGUCCUGAAAAAGAUACAGUCUUUUCUUGUAUUAACGCUUUUACAAUUAAAUCAAAUGGUGAUGUUAGUCUUUCUGAAUUAAUUACUCAUUCAUUUGAUUGUAAAGAAAUACAAAAUAUAUUAUCACUCACAUUUCAAAAAAGUUCAAUAGUUUGUAAACGAUUAUUAGCUAUUCAAUUUGAGUGA